CUCCUGUUCAUUCUUGUGGCCUAUACGGAUUUUAGUUUUAUUAUUAUCUUUCAAUAAUUCGAUUGUACAGUAUUGUAUGCAGUAAACAUUUUAAACAUUAUAAAUAAGCAGAUUGGUAAAGAUUUGAGAAAUGGAUUCUGCCUCAAAUAUCGUGGAAGAAGUAGUUGAAACAAAAAAUGGAACGCAAGAGGUUCAAGCUGGUGUAAUCCAAUCGGCUCCUAAAGAUAAUAAUACCUCAGUAGAAAAGACUUUGGAUUCAAGCAUUGACAAUGAUGAAGAUAAGCUCGACAGCCCAAAAGAUGGUGACGAGGAUGCCGAUUUAAUAAGUGAAGAAAGCGAAUCCGAUGAUGAUGAGAAAACGAAGUCAGAUGUCGCAGUAACUGUGGCUCCAGUUGAUAAGCCGCAAAUACCUAUUGGGUCUUCAGAUGUGGAUAACACUACUCAGAUAGAUGAAGGCACACAACUAGAAUCCGAAAAGACCUCCGGAAAUGACGUGUCUAUUAAAGCAGACCCACCCAUUACUCCGGAAGCUUCGAUACCUUCCGAUAUACCACCAACCGUUUCUGAGGAGAAUCCGAGAGUUGAUGUACAAGAUGACAAUACUAUUGGUACAAGCAUAUCUACUGCUGGAACGGCAUCCGUCCAACAAGAUACAUCAAACAUUCUAAUCGAUGGCGAUGAAGCUCAAAGGACCGAAGACGUGGCAUUGAAAGACCAGUCGGAAUCUUUGACGGAAAAAGAUUCCAGUGAAACUAUAACCACUACAUCUGAACUGACUGCCGAAAACACUGAACACAAGGAUGUUUCGCCAAUUGAACAAGGUACUGAAUUGAAAGAACGUGGAAAACGUACAAUUGAAAACAAAGAUGCAAAGUUAUCCCAAGAGAACGAUUUUAAUAAUCAAAUUCUGGACAUCAUAUCGGACAUUGAUAUAAAUAUAAAAGCCCAGGAAAAAAUUACUCAGCUUAAAGAGCAAGAACUGAAACUUAUUCAGAAACAGAAUGAGCUGGCAAGUCAAAUUCAACAGCAACAGAUCUUAGCUCAGCAGCUCAACGCACAAAAUAAAUUCAAGCAAAGUCAAUGUCAAAGUGAUAGGAUCGAAUCAAAAGGUCAACAGCAAAAUGAUGUAUUAACCUGCAAAGAAUCCACAAAUAUAUCGAAGACAGUUGAUUUGCGCAAAAUUUUUACUCCUGCGACCGAUGCUACUGAAAUAUUGCCGAAAAAUCGAAAGCUAUAUGCCUCGUCUGCAUUUUAUUCUCCAACACUACACCCUACUGUGGAAGACCAAGUUGAGCUAGCACGAAGAAUAUCACAUUCAUUAAGUGAUAUCAGUAACCAAACCUCUAAGGGUCAGUCAAUGUAUGUCAAUCGAAAAAAACGAUCAGACAAGUGGGUUCAUGAAGGUAGAUCCCCAGGGAAUGAGUGCUCUAAUGACGCUAUAAAUCCCUAUAAAGAGAAUUCAGAAUCAAAUUCCACAUUGGAGCUCACAAAAUUGGAAAAAAUACCGCUAAAGCUUAUAAUGAACCCAAACGGAAAAGUCCGUGAUUAUAAUUCGCUCAAAGAAUUGAUUAACGUUGAAACUGGCCUCUUAUCGCCUGACAAUUGCGCUGAACUAAUAACUGCACUUCAACUUCAUCAAGGAAGAGGUGCCGAGCUGUUUGCAAAACGCCGCAGAAAGGCUGAUAAUUGGAUAGUCGACGAAACCCAUUCAGGGACUCAAAAUCCUCCGUCCGGUAUUCCAGAUUACCAGCAGUAUCAACAAAGGCCGGUUAUAUCACCUAACAUUUUGCCGGCAUAUUCUGAUGCGGGAAAACACCGCGUUCAGUUGAAUAUUCAUCAAAACCAGUUAAUUGAAAAGUAUUCAAAGCCAGGAGUACAGGUGGUUCAGUCUCCUUGGGAAGCAGCUUUACAAACUGGUUCAGCAAGCUCAGCGUUUGUGGAGGAUAAGGAUACCAAAGGACAGAGUGUCUCACCUGCUGCCGCGUCACCAGCUCCGUAUUUCCAAAGUGGUAGAAAGGACUUCACGGAUGCUGUGGAACCUACGCACUACAGACCUCAGAAACAUUAUAAUAAUGCCAUUUCUUCUUCGCCUUCAUCUGUCAAUGUACCCUCGAAUCCCCAAAGGGAUCUGGCUUACACACCAUGCGUUGCCCAGGGCUGGGGAGGUCGCAAUGUGGAACUACCGAAGGGCUUAUAUGUUCCGAAGGAAAUAUCUCUUUCUAGCUAUGCAGCACCUCCUAGCCAGUACACAGGGCACCAUACACAUUUUGAACCAACAAGUCACGGAUCUUUGUUACGCCCCUUACCAAGAACUAACUUUUCUGCUAAUACAAGCUCGAUUGGAAACAAUGGCAUUGCCGAAUUUCCGCUCUCAAAGCCGGUGUCAUCUGGAUUUAGUACAGUACCACCAAAGCAGCAGCUGUACCCGCCGUCAAGCUAUCAAAAAAUACCAAUUGGAUCCGAAAACUUCACUCCUCAGGUCAACUUUAGCCCUACGCCUUUGUCUGUUGAUAAAUUGGCUAGAUAUGAACAGCCUGAUAGGAAAAACUUGGCAGGUUCAAUCUCACCGUACCUAAGUGUGCAACAAAACUUGCAAGUGCGCAAUGCUUCGCCAACGCCAUUUGGAAUUGGACUCAAUGAGCAUACAUCUGGAUCUCCAAGUUCAAUAGGAUCAAUUGAAUCCCAUCACCGUCAACUGUUACCAACUGGGUCUCCUAGAUGUGGACCACUAACUACCAGCUCAGUUUCUCCACCGGCGAACAAAGGUCAAACUUUUAAUAAGUGUGCCAGAGGAUGGGGAGCUAUCCUCGACAAACAACAGACCUACCAAAGUCAAUACUCUCCACCCGUAGUUGGAAAUUUACCAUACUCCGAUUUUUAGAUGUUGCUCAAACAACUUAACGAUUUACGACAUAUGUACUAACAAUUUAAUUAAAAAUAUUUAAUGUGUUUGUUUAUUUGACUUUGUUCAAUAAUAAUGGUACUAUAUUGAAAUAUGAAA